ACAUGAAUAAAGGUGAUUUACCUAUUUUUCUACGAGAAUAAAAUUUUCCUUUUAAAUCAAGAGUGUAAUAUUCCUUAUCUGACCUCUGUCGGAUAUCCGACCGAUUAAUUCACAAACAAUAAUUUUAAACAUAUAGGUAACUCCAAACGAAGAAUAUUAGAAAACCAUUAAAAAAUGAUUUGAAUCGUUAGGUUAAAUAUUCCACAGGUUUAAAAAAUAUGUAUACUAGAAUUUAUCAAUUUUCAAUAAGUUAAUGUGCUUGCAGUAGUCAUCCUGGUGAAAUUUAUUAGCAAAACCCAAUCUGAGAAAGAACAGCAAUGGCAUUUACAAAAAUAUAUAUAUUUCCAAUUUUAUUUGGCAUCUGGAUUCCCCUGACAGUUUUUAUAACGUUUACUGUAUCAGUUUUAACGGAACAUGUAAGACCACUUCUUCCUUAUAUAAGUGACACAGGCACAUGGGCUCCAGAAAGCUGUAUAUUUGGAAUUAUGCUCACGUUUGGCUCGAUAUUUCUACUGAUUAUAGUCUACGUAAGAUAUCGAUAUUUACAAGAGGUACAAAGAAAAAACAACUAUUCACCGACUUUAAGGAAAAUAAAUAAAGCAGGAUUAUAUGUUGGAUAUGUUAGCAUUUUUGGUUGUUUAAUUGUCGCAAAUUUUCAAGUUUCUGAGACCUUUAUAGUACAUAACCUUGGAGCUUUUAGUUGUUUCGGGUGUGGAGCUAUUUACCAAGUCAUUCAGGUAAUACUUUCAUAUAAAAUGUAUCCAACUAUAGGACAUAGAAUUAAUAAUAUAUUUAGAGCAGUUAUAACAUGUUUGAACGUUAGUGCUAUAUUAAUUUUUGCCGCUUUAUAUAUUGAAUAUUUUACAGCUCCAGGAACUGACAUGACCAAAUGGAAACAAGAAGAUGGAGGAUAUGAAUUUCACAUAGCUAGUGCAGUAUCAGAAUAUGUAUUGGUAAUAAGUACAGUAUUGCACAUUGUCACCUAUUUUUACGAAUUCAGGACAAUCGAGUUUAAUGAACCGCCGAUAAGUAUUAAGGGCGUGGUGGCUGAAGCUUAGGUUUACAACAUUCAUUCCAGAUUUUUUAAAACUUUGUUUUUCUAUAAUUACUGGAACAAGACGUGGGAAGAACUAUCAUAAAAUAUUACAUAAUUUAUUUAUUAAAUUUGCUAUAAAACAUUUUGUUAAUAAAUUAUUAUUGUUUUA